AUUCUGCAAUGUUGAUACUCAGAAAUGGAUUUACAUGAAUGUCUUUAUGAGGAAUAUGUCUCUGACUAUGUAUAUAAGAGGGUGCUCUGACGUUAUUCUGGACACAACAGCUCUGAGAUCUUUAAGCUCUACAGAACUUCUACAGAUUCUUUCUGUCAUUGUGAAGAAACAUCUUGAAGAAUGAGAAGCCUGAUGUGUUUGCUGUUCCUGGUGAUCUUCUGCUCUGUGCAGAUGACUUCAAGCGCUGUCAUUUCAAUUGAUGUAGCACAAUCUAAGUGUUGUGGAGAAGAGUUCAGUAAUGUGAAGAUUCCUCUGAAAUUGGUGACGUCUUACUACAGGACCAGCAGCAGCUGUCCCAGACGUGCUAUUGUGUUUCAGACAAAAGCAGGGAGAGAGUUCUGUGUUGAUCCAGAGACCCCCUGGGUGAAGAGUCAUAUUGAUAAAGUGGACAAAAGAACAACAAGAAUGAGAAGCCUGAUGUGUUUGCUGUUCCUGGUGAUCUUCUGCUCUGUGCAGAUGACUUCAAGCACUCCCAUUGCACUUGAAGCGGCACAAUCUACUUGUUGUGGAGAACUCUCUAAUGUGAAGAUUCCUCUGAAACUGGUGACGUCUUACUACAGGACCAGCAGCAGCUGUCCCAGACGCGCUAUUGUGUUUAAGACAAUUAAAGGGAGAGAGUUCUGUGUUGAUCCAGAGACCCCCUGGGUGAAGAGUCAUGUUGCUAAAGUGGACAAAAGAACAACAACUGCUACAAAAGCACAAACUAAGAGUCUCACAGUCUAAAAGAAGCUACA